AUAACGAAAUAACGAAAUAACGCGCGCACGGAUUUGUUUUUUCCAAAACAACACCAAUGAUCAUUACAAAUCAUAGUUAUUGAAGGUGCCUACAAAAACUAAAAAAUACUAGCGGCCAAAAACAAGAAAGAGGGACUUACGAGCCUUGGAGAUCGCACAGUAACUUGUGAAACAGCACGAUUUCAUGGCGGAGAGUACUAAUUCAAGACCUCUUGGCAUGUUAGAGCGGGUGCUGCUCGACAGAGAAAAGAUAAAUCAUUGGGGCACUAUUACUUCUGUGCUGCUGCUAACUUCUGAAGAAGAACUGAUUCACGAUCAUCUGCGGAAAGCCCUCAGUCUGCUACCCAAACGAUUUCCCUUGUUACGGAUGCGAAUCAACGAGAGCGGCAGUCAACCAUACUUUGAAGAAAUGGAAAACCCAGAAACAGUCGACUUUCGAGUAUUGGACGAAAUAACUGCUGAUGAAUGGGAAAAAGGUUUCGAAAAGGAAACAGAUGGCCCCUUGUUCAACACUAACAGUGGUCCUCUAUGGCGAGUGAGGCUACUGAGAGAAUCAGUCCACGAAGGCAAAUACAACUACGCGUUACUGUUCACAUUCCAACAUGCAAUCUGCGACGCGCUUUCUGUCUUCCAGCUUCAGCAAAAACUGGUGGAAUUUUUAGCGGCUCUCCACCAUAGUGAAGAAUUUGAAGUUGAAAGCUUGCCCCUUAGACCCCCCUUGGAAUCGCUGCUAUCCAAUCGAGCCGAACCAAGCACUGCGGAGAAAGUGUUAAUUUCGAGCUUUUUCGCACUUCAGCGAGCGAAAACCUUCUUCAUGAAACCAAAUAAUCUUUACCUUUCAGUUUACCCCCCUGUUGCCAAUUCAAAUCCGUCGGUAUCGAAGAAAACCUGCCUCCUUGGUCGAAGUUUUUCUGAAGAAGACACAAAGCUGCUGAUAAAGAACUGUAAAGCCAACAAGUGCACAGUUCACGGUGCCAUAACCGCCUCCACGCAUCAAGCGAUCGCGCGAAUUCUCCGCACGAAAAAACACGAUCUUCACAACCCAGUCUGCAUCGAUUCAAUCUAUACAGUCAGUCUACGCAAAGAUUGCCAGCCAAAAGUUGAAACCUUUGAGUUUGGAGCCUAUGUUACCGCAAGUGCUUUAUCAAUUUUAGUUCCCUUGGCUUACCCCGAUGACAAAGUUGGCUUUUGGGAGUUUGCUCGCACGUGUACUCGCGAGGUACACGCGCAGCUAGACUCUGGGAAGCACUUCGACCUCUUGAAGCUUUAUUAUUGUUCUGGUAGCAAAGCGUAUUGUAAUUUACACAAUUAUGAAAAUAACGAAGGCCGUAGGAGCCAGAUCAUCACUAUCACUAACUGCGGAGCCCUCCAGACGAGCCAGGGUGGGGAGUGUCCGUUCAAAUUUGCCGGAAUGUACUUUGGUCUGAGAGGAGAGAGACUGGGCCACGUUUUCGGUAACAACAUCCUGACGGUGGACGGUAGACUUUACUGGGCCGUGGAAUAUUUCCCACACGUUACCACAAAAGAACAAGCAGAAGAUUUCAUUACAUUAUCCAUGCAGAUUUUAAAAGAUGUGUGUGCACUGUAAUUCUAUGCACUGGGAACACUUUCAAUAAAUCGUGAAACUCGAGGAAUGUUAAAACUGUUAAGAAAAUGAGGUUUUGCAACAGCCGAGAUUUUCAAAGGAAAAAACUCCAUUGCAAGCUAUCGCAUCUUCCUGAUAUGCUGUAAGGUGGCUCAAAAUGGUCAUGUUAUUUUCAAAUAGCAAUUCUCUGUUAUAGCGAUUCCACUGCACUUUAUCUUAUGUAAACUUGAAGAGAUUAUCGAAAAUUAAGGUGGCUCUGAAGUUACCAUGCAGAUUUAAAAGGAAAAACUUUUUAAAAAGAUGAAUCUCGAAACACUGAUUGUAAUUCACGAACAAGUAACUGGGUCACUGAAAUCGUAUAUAUUCAAACUUAUGUUUAAAGUAGCUGCAGCAUAAUUCGUAUAUCGAGUCAGGUUGAAAAUGUAAACUUCGCGACCUAUAUCAUCGGCUCGUGAAGAGAAGUAUUCUAAAAAUGAAUAAUCUUUGCUGCAGGGAGACAAUAUAAGAAGUCUCUCAAACAACGUUCUCCAACAGGUUCACGUCCAAUUCAAUUUUUGACAUCUCAUCUAUGAAAGGGAAGAUAUCUCUUUAAUUUGAGAAUUUAAGAUGUUUUCAUUUCCGUGAUCGCGCUAACUGCUUCACAAAGAAGCUGAAGUUUGGCUGAAACCUUCUUUUCAAGUGGAACGCCGUUCCGUUGUUUUCACGUUAAUGCUGAUUCCACAAGUCGUCCAACUCGCUUCCUUGAUUUUGUCGCAGUUCGCUCAGCGCCCAUUUCUUGUUGUCAAUCUCCGCCAUGAGUGUAGUGUAUUGCUGAACAAGGGAAUCAAAACCCAUUCCAACUGACUCGUAAGCUAGAAGUGUUUGUGUAAGUCGGUGAAACUCGGCAGUGCUCUCUUCUUCUGCGUCCUUUAAAGAGGCCCUAAGGUGAAUAUGAAGAGAGAAAAAUAUUAGCAAUUUUGUCAAACGUGGUACAAAGAAAAAAGUCUGACUUCACGGACGCAUGUCCCAGACCCUUGCAAUUCGCGGUCCAAUGCUCCACCGCAGACCUACAGAUCACUUGAAUGAAGGGGGUAAGUUUCUAAAGAAACUGUGGUGUAGCGUCGGUGGGAGAGUAUAACAGUUUAAUUUAGUAUUAUCACCUGAGUUGACAACGAAAACUGGC